CUGUCCAAUCAGAGUUCUUUAUCUGACGUCAAUACAGGAAGUAACCCAAUGCAGAGCUGACAGCUGCAGUUUCUCUUGUAUGAGGCAUGGACGGUCAGAACAUAACCAGAGUGGUGCUGCUGGCCUGCGGCUCCUUCAACCCCAUCACCAACAUGCACCUGAGGAUGUUUGAACUGGCGCGAGAUCAUCUGGAGGACGAAGGCCAGUACAGGGUGGUGAAAGGCAUCAUCUCUCCGGUGGGUGACGGCUAUAAGAAGAAGGGUUUGAUUGAGGCCUGCCAUCGCCUGGAGAUGGCCAGAUUGUCCACAGAGAACUCAGACUGGAUCACAGUAGAUUCCUGGGAAAGCUUGCAGCCAGACUGGGUGGAGACAACCAAAGUCGUUCGGCAUCACUAUGACGAACUGCUUGCAGCAGAGCAGAACAACGAUGAUGUGGACACAGUCAAGUAUGCGAAAAAGAGACGUAUAGAGGAAAAUGAUUUCAAGGAAUCCUCUCAUCACACAAGGAGAGGCCCUCAGCUGAUGCUCCUGUGUGGGGCUGAUGUCCUAGAGUCCUUUGAAGUACCCAACCUCUGGAAGAAGGAGGAUAUUGCUGAGAUUGUGGGCCGCUACGGUUUGGUUUGCAUCACCCGCAGUGGCAGUGACCCCCACAAGUUCAUCCACCAAUCAGACAUGCUGUGGAAGUAUCGCUCCAACAUCCAUGUGGUCCAAGAAUGGGUGACCAAUGAAAUCUCAGCCACUCAUGUGCGCCGGUCGCUGCGUCGAGGUCGCAGCGUCAAGUACCUGCUGCCAGACGCCGUGGUCCAUUACAUAAGAGACCACGGGCUCUACAGCGCCGAGAGCGAGCAGAAAAAUGCAGACGUGGUUCUAGCACCCAUUCAGAGAUACUCUGGUGCCUCCUCAAGCUGAGGAAGUUUACUGCUGCUAAAACAGAGAUGUAAGCUUUUUACACUAAUAGCUGUGUUUUUUACAAUUCAAGCUUCCACCAGUGCCUACUGAACAAACCUGCCGUUUCUAGUAAAGGGUGUGUUUUUCAAGAAGAAGAUAAAUCUAUGUAGAGUUUUCUGAGUGAAUUGAUUUAGUAGCAGUUAAAUUAGCGUGUGUGUGUGUGUGUGUGUGUGUGUGUGUGUGUGUGUGUGUGUGUGUGUGUGUGUGUGCGUGUGUGUGUGCGUGUUUGUGUGGGUGGAAAAGUACAAUAGUCAAAAACAACAAUUGAGCAACUGGCUGGGAGGUCAUCUAAAUGUCAUUGCUACUGUAGAAAUAAAUCUGGUGUGUGGUUAUUGAACUAUUGAUUCACAAUUUUGUGUGAAGUAUUCAGCCUACUGAGCCUGAUUAUGAACAAUUUUAAUAAUUGACUUGCUUUACCUCAAUGCUUCAGUAUACCCUCUAUCAAAUCAUUACGUUUUUGUACCUAGAGCACGAUUUGUUCAUGCACUCCCUCAGGUUAAAGCAUUUUUCAAUUGCUAAUACACAUUUUCGAACACAGGUUUUUUCACUGCUCUGUUGGAUUUCUUCAUUGUUGUAAACUGGCACUCACCUCUGGUCUUUUUAUAGUUCUGAUUGAGGAAACGAAAAUCAAGGAAUCAGUUCUUUGCCAGGCAACACGUGUAUUGGCUAGACGCUCCAUAGGUGUGGCAUUUUGAAUAGCAGUGUUUUGAAAUUACAUUACAUUACAUUACAGGCAUUUAGCAGACGCAUUUAGCAGAAAUCGUAAACAAGUGACUUUAUGUCAGAUUACUGUGUCUUAUGUAGAAAACUGUGUGCAGUGUGUCGCACAAAGUGCCAUGUUAAAUUUCAGAUAUGGUGCCAAGCAGAAAAUGUGUUUCGAGUUUUGAAGAAGUCUCAUACUCAAUAAGUGUGCUUUAUGUUUGAGUAAGUGCGUUAGCAAUUGAAAAAUAAUUGCAGUGCUGCAGACUUGAAAAUGAAGGUGUGAUUUGUAUUGCCUGGAACUGAAAUAAACAAUACUCUUUCU